CCGCCGGCACAAGCCGGUCUCCGCCCAGCCGGCUUCCGCCGGGAAUGAAGAGCGUUGUGGGUUGGCUCCCGUCCCGCGGACCCCACGCGCGUCCGUGGAGCCUUCAGGAGGCUUCCGAGAGCCCCUCCCACCGCUCUGAGCCCCGCUGAGUUCACUUCCAUUGUCCUCUCGGCCGCGGGCUCCGGAACACGCGUGCGAGCCCACUGCUGAUGCCCAGGCUGCCGUUGUGCCGCUGUUACACCGUGCGUCCCCCGCCCCAUGGAGCCGCCCGCUGGUGCCGUGGCGACCGUCAAAGAUCCUGCGGCCAGAGACCAUGACUCCGUGGACUCCAAGGUCUCGCCGCCCGCCGCGAACCCCCAGACAUCACAGAAAGCGGGGCACUCAUUACAAGAUUGGGACACCAUAGCCACCGUGGGCACUGGAACCUUUGGGCGUGUAAACCUGGUGAAGGAGAAGACAGGCAGGCGAUACUGUGCCUUGAAGAUUAUGAGCAUCCCAGAUAUCAUCCGUCUGAAACAGGAACAACAUGUGCAGAAUGAGAAAGCAGUCCUGAAGGAAAUAAACCAUCCCUUCCUCAUUAAACUACUUUGGACAAGCCAUGACAACCACUUCCUGUACAUGUUGAUGGAGUUCGUGCCUGGUGGUGAGCUCUUCACCUACCUUCGUAAUCGUGGCCGAUUCUCCUCAGUCGCUGCAAUCUUCUACGCCACAGAGAUUGUAUGUGCCAUAGAGUACCUGCACUCCAAGGAAAUCGUAUAUAGGGACCUGAAGCCUGAAAACAUCCUUCUAGACAGGGAAGGACAUAUCAAACUGACAGACUUCGGCUUCGCCAAGAAACUGGUCGAUAGGACAUGGACUCUCUGUGGGACACCAGAAUAUCUCGCCCCAGAAGUCAUUCAGAGCAAAGGUCAUGGAAGAGCUGUGGACUGGUGGGCACUGGGCAUCCUUAUAUUCGAGAUGCUAUCUGGGUUUCCCCCAUUUUUCGAUGACAACCCGUUUGGGAUUUACCAGAAAAUCCUUGCAUGCAAAAUAGAUUUCCCCAGACAAUUGGAUUUCACCUCUAAGGACCUCAUCAAGAAGCUGCUGGUGGUAGACAGGACCCGGCGCCUGGGCAACAUGAAGAAUGGGGCAGAAGACAUCAAGCGGCACCGGUGGUUCCGAGGAGUGGAGUGGGAGUCUGUGCCACAGAAAAAACUGAAGCCACCCAUUGUGCCCAAGUUAUCGGGUGACGGUGACAUAUCCAACUUUGAGACUUAUCCAGAGAGUGAAUUGAACAAGACCCCUUCGGUAUCUGACAAAGACCUGGAAAUAUUCAAAAACUUCUGAGUAUGAGAACUCAUGCCUGCAAGAAGCAUGUGAAGACAUCCACACCAAACCAAGACCAGACCUGGUUUUUGUUGUACAUCCCUGUGUCUUGCUGUGAAACUAGAAGGUUUGGUGUGUGUAUCCCAGUUCCUUCAAAGUCAACACAAUCAUCAGCCUUGGAACCCAACCUCAUUUCAACAACUAGAAACCUGCCCAAGUGAGAAUUUCGCAAAACCUGUUAAACUGUAGGCUUUCUCCUUCUUCAUGAAUCUUGUGUUUGUGCUGUGAAUUUGAUUGGUUGGUUGGUUGGUUGGUUGGUUGGUUGGUUGGUUGGUUGGUUGGUUGGUUGGUGGGUUGGUUGGUGGGUUGGUUGGUUGGUUGGUUGGUUGUUUUUUUCUACUGAACUUUUUAAGUUUGAAUUUGACCCAUUUGAUUAUGGCUGUCAGUGUGUAUGUGCACAGAAAUUGUGCAAACUGGAAAUUUUGGCACUUUGAUGUGCCUGUGACAUGUUCAUUUUUCAAAGCUUUCUGAACAAUCUGUUGCCCUGCAGACAAAAAGAAAAAAGGGUGAGAUAUAUGCAUUUUUAAAAUGCCUUUAUAUGCAUUUUGCAAUCAUUUGUGUACAUUGUUUAUUUAGUUAUUGUUUGUUUAGUUAGUUCUUUUCUGGUCACUUUAAACUUGGAAGUCAGGAAGCCACAUACCCCGCAGACCCUUAUUCAGAUACAGCACAAAUGUGUGGCUUUCCUCAAAUCUUCCAGUUUAGAUGUUUUCAGUAAAAUAUCCUUUCCUAAAGUUAAGCCAGAACUCUGCAUACAGCAUGACAACCUGGGUGCAAAGAUUGCCUUUUUAUGAUAAUACAAAUGUACCCACAUCCCCAAAAGGGAACUUUAAGGAUCCACCCCUUAAGCCCCUCUCUCCUCUGUUGUAAAUGGCAUUUUCUUCUCACCAUCUCAACUUUGUUCUCCCAGCCAUGUCCAUCCGUGAAAACUCAGGUUCCAGGCCGGGAACUUCUAUGAAAAUUUGUACAGAGCUGUAUUUUUGGUGAGCUUUCUCAGUGCUUUCCAACAUGCAAACUAACUGGGUUAUGUACCUCAAACAACCAAACACAUACAGGAGACAGAAUGCAGGAUUAUAAUCAAGUCCUGUCAGUAGUUGUUUGCUAUUAAGUAGGAAAUAAUGUAAAAUUAGCAUAGGAAACAUUGCCUUAAUUCUAAACACAUGUGGGAAGAUCACACAUGUGCAUGCACCCUCUGUGUGCUCCUAAUGCACUUUGCAAUCUGACUCCAAUCCUAAAAAUCAAAUUAAAAACCACUAAUCAGGCUGUAAAUUAUACCACAUGAUGUCACUGCAGUGACAUCAGACAGCACAUAGGAAUCAUAAUUUUCUUAUUUUAAUAUUUUUAAUUCUGUGUGUACAUAUGACUGCAGUACACACAGACAGCAAGUGUACCAGAGACCCUACAGCUGGACUUAUAGGCAGUUGUGCACCACCCUGCGGAUACUGGGAACCCAACCUCGAUCCUCUGCAGUUCACGUAGUUAACAUGCAAAAAAAAAAAUAAAUUUGGAAGGGGUGGUGGGGCCAAAGCAGCCAUGAAAAAGGAUAAGGGAAAUAUGUCCUAUUCUUGACUCUGAGUCCAGGGAGAACUGUGCACCCAGCACCUUCUAAUGAAGCAAUGGGAUAGUUAAUAAGUUUCAAAUUCCUCUGGUGGUAGCUUGAUUCUAACCAAGUAUAAAAGAUAAUCACUAGCCAAUAAUAAUUUAAAAACAAAUUUCCAUGUUCUUCAACUAAGACUGACUUUUUAAUGUUUAGUACAGACAAAGUACUAAGUGCUGUGGAUUGGUGCUUAUCUCACCGAACUAGCUGUUACAUGUUACACUGUAAAAUGUGAUUUGAUGGCUAAAUACUGUUCACAGGACCCUCGGGCUGUGCAAAUAUCCCAACAUUGGACCAAAACAUACCAAUCACCACUGUGUUGCUAGGUGAACCCUAGUGAAAAUUUAGCAUUGUGUGGGUCUUGAUGUUGAGGUGAAAAUCUCAGAAAGGAUCUCACUCCUGACUGUAGAUUUGAAAUAUGUUGAUUUCCUGGGAUUUUUUGUUUGUUUUUGUUACUGUUUUUGAUGAAGCUCCAUAGGAAGCAUUUGAUGAACAUCUGACACCUGUUAUUCUUAUUUGUCAGACACACUGUAAACCACCUGAAAAUUAUAAUGCAAAGUCAGGGUUUAUGUGUGGGUAGGUAACCCAAUCAGUAAGUGGGGGGGUCUCCCCAUUAAGUUGUGUGUGUCCCUAUCAGUUUAGGGGGAGGAUCUGCCUUUCGAGUCUCACAACCUUGCAUCCGACCUCACACUGUCAUUUGGGAGGUGGGGGAGUUGCUCCAGUUGGUUAUGUAAUAGACAUCAUUACCUAUGUGAUUUAAAGGAAGUGAGCAGGAGUAUCCCCAGUACUUCUGGUCCUCACAGGUCAGACUGAAACCCCCUUGUCAACCUCCAUACUUCUCAGAGUGCGGGGCUCACCACUUGACCUGCUAUAACACAGGUUCCACAUGCACUGCGCAGGUGUACCCCCCUGCUGCUGAGCAUCUGUCAGCUUGCCUGAAAUUAUCAU